AUGAUCUUGGUCUUACUCUUGCUAUUCGGAUGGAUUACGAAUGUUUCAACGCUUCAAGUAGCGUGCUAUCAUUGUUACGGCAACUCGACAACUGAAGGGCAAAUCUGUUCAAUUGAUAAUCUAUGUCUGGGAGAAUCGUGCUACUUCUCCGUUAAAUCAACAGGAGAGUGGUCAGCGAGCUGUGCCAACAGCACGGCCCCUCCGACACUUGUCUGUUCCACGAACAAAACGUCAUCAACUUGUAGCUGCACAGCCGAUCUAUGCAAUCAGUUCUACAAGGCCAACGAGACUCUGCACAAGCUUUGGGGUUCCAAUUCGACUUUCAGUAAAAUCUCGCUAUAUCUCCCAAGCCUUCCUAUUUAUUGCCUCGAAUGUGGAAAUGUAAGUGUCGCUGGGAUAUCCCUGAGAGUACCAUGUGUGGAAAAGCAUCUUUGCAGAGGGAGCCAUUGUAUAACAAAGAGAGGCAGCAAUCCACACUCGUACUGUGGCUCUCCCUGGGAAGGUGACAGUGAGGUUUGUUCCUUCUUCUUCCCAACGAUUUACGGGGGACGUUUGUGUGGGAGCUCGCCAAUAAAUCACCUUAUUCCAGCUUCUUCAAAGUCUAGGAAAUGCAAGAACAGCAUGAAAUUCUCCCCGAAUGCUCAAGCAGUGUUCAUGGGUGAGAAAUUGGGACAGGCAAUUCGUGACGGUAUUGGUACGGACAGCAAAGCUGCACAGGAGUUCGCCGACGGUGUCGAUACACACAUUUGUGAUUGA